UAAUUUUAUAAAUAAAUUGAGUGUGAAUUAAAUAAAAUUUUAACACUAUAAUAUAUGUAUGAUAUAAGAACAUAACCUGGUUGUCCUAAUUUAAUUAGCGGUGUGUCUAAAUAUUGAAACCUAAGUGGAGUAAAAAGUGAAUUUGUCUUAUUUUUGUGGGACCAAAUGACGUGGCGCAAUCAGAGCCUCUAAUCGGCUUAAUAAAAUACGGGUGUGUGAUCCGGAGAAGAAGAUAAGGUUUUAAUAAAAACUCCCUCCCUCCAUCCCCUUCCUCUCUAUCACAAGUCACAACCAUAUCACUGCAUUUCUCAGGAAGCAAGCAUCACCACAAGCCCUAUCCUAAUCAAUACAAUAUAUGUAUAUACAUAACAUGUUUAUGUUUGUAACAAUUGCAUAGUUCUGAUUGCAGAGUAAUGGCGGCGGCGACUUUGAGUUUUAAUCUUGUCGGAGCAUUCAGAGGACUGUCGUUGGGUUCGAGCUCCUCAUCGUCUUUCUUUAGAGGUGAUUUUGGAUCGGUUGACGUGGUGCACAAGGUGUCCGUGUCGUUUCCGCUGAAAUAUCCUCUGACGAUCGAGUCUGCGCACAAGAAAGGAGCCGGAAGUACAAAGAACGGCCGAGAUUCUCCUGGCCAAAGGCUUGGCGUCAAGAUUUUCGGCGAUCAAGUGGCUAAACCUGGCGCCAUUAUCGUUCGCCAGCGCGGUACCAAGUUCCAUCCAGGGAAGAAUGUGGGGCUUGGAAAAGAUCACACCAUCUUCUCUUUGAUUGAUGGAUUGGUCAAGUUUGAGAAGUUUGGGCCUGAUAGAAAAAAGAUUAGUGUCUAUCCACGUGUAGUGCAGCCUGAAAACCCUAACAGCUACAGAGCUAGGAAGAGAGAGUCCUUCAGACUACAGCGUGAGCGCAGGAAAGCAAGAAGGGAACUUAGAGAAGGCAUCGUUGUCCAACCUCAGCUAGUUCUUGCCUCAGCCAGUGAAACUACAGAUGAUAUUCCAACUUGCUGAUGCUGAAAGGUGUUUCAGGUGUCAUCAUAUUAUGAGUUGAUUGUUGUCUGUGUGGGUGGACCAUGUGGAUAAAGAGUGCAGAAAAUAGAAGCUGUAGGGGAAUAUUUUACAUUUCAGCCUUUUUACUCCUACUAAAGCAGUUGACGAAUUUGUCCUGCACUUUGAGCAGUCCUUGGCUUUAAAGCCAAUAACCCCGUUUGCAACCCUGCAAUAGUUUGAGGGAGAGGGAGGGAGAGAUGUGGAGGGAAGCCCAAGUCUGAUACAGUUUGGUUUUGUAAUUUGAAAAUAAAAAAGACAAAACGGUUGUGUUACGUGCUUUGAACUUGAAUCCACUCAUUUCUGAAAGAACUUAAUAUCAUUUUCAGGAAUAACAUUCAUAUAAAAAUCCUUCACCGAAAAAAUAUGCAUCAAAUGCAU